UAAGCUCGCGAAGCGAAAGAGCGUAAAAAAUUUUCCUGUCGACGUAUUUUUUCUCUUCAUACCGCACACGGCACACCCCGUCUGUGCCCCCUUUACUUGUUGCUGCCGAUAGCUGUCAAAGUACCAUGCGCGUUUCUAUCGAUCCUACGCCCUCUCGCCCUAUAUAAAAGCCGUCGCCAUUGGCGGUCGGUCCUGGUCGAAAAAGAACAGGACGGGAUUCCAUAUCGGGAGAACCGUCGUCAACGAUAUUGUGACAUAGUAAAAAAUAAAAAAAAUUAAUUAAAGAAAACCGCACAUUAGUCUGGAUUUAUCGGAGGGUAUCACGCGGAUGAGACAUUAAAUCGACCAGUUCGAGCAUCAAUGGCAUCGCGAAGGUGGAUGCUGCCGCUGCUGAUCCUGGGAACCGGCGCGAUCGCGUCGGUUCCCGUGGCUCGGCAGACGAACCGGGAAUCCCUCAGGAGCGCCCUGGAUGCCGUCGCGCGAAAGCAGAGAUCCCUGGACGCGGCAGACACACCGGAAUACUAUAACGAUCUUCACUCGUUCAAGUAUCACGGCGGCGGCGCCGACCGCAAGUUCGAUCGCGACUUCGACGAGGAGGACGAGGAGAUCGAGUUCCUGCCCGGCGAUAACGGCCAGCUAGAAACGGCGGGGGAGGGUCUCCAGGGCCUGAACAACAAGUUGUUCGAGAGAGCACUGCUCGAUUAUUUGGAGAACCUGCCCGAGCAGGAAGAGCCGGUAGCCUCGAUCUUUCGCGAACGCGAGCGAAGCGGCAGCCGCAAACGAGGCGGUGCCGGCGAUCGAUUGAAUCUGGACGAGCAGGAUCUGGCGAGGCUGAUCUUGGAGGAACUGCAGGACGGUUCUCCGUAUGGUUCGCUUGAUAAGAUAGACGGCGAAGAGUAUUUAACCGCUUUACAAACGCUUUACGACAGAUACAGAGCUGGUAGAGGGAACAAAGUAUACGAAACGGCAGGACCAAUGUCUUGGGGCGACCCGCUUAGCAAGGACUCGUCGCUGAGGAAGAACGACGACGAAGAGUUUGCGGAUCAAAAUGAGAGCAUCCUGUAUUUGCCACCUACGUUGGAACGUAGAAACGUGAACGGUCGAUACCCUAUCGGUCGCGAGUUCGGCAACUAUCGCAGGCUGACAAAGCGCUAUCCGGUUGCUAAGAGAAGCCCCAGACCCACCCAGACUAAGCUAAAGACCACGGAUCCUAAGGUUGCUCAAGACCUGGGAGCUUUAUUCGGCACGCAAUCCACGGACACGCACAAUCAUACUCAUAAAUCCGAUCACGGUCACGAACACGAUCACGAACAUAUUCCUGAACACGAUCACGUACAUAAUCACGAUCACGAUCACGAUCACGAACACGAACACGAACAUGAGCACGGCCACGAGAGCACUUCGGAAACGCCGCCGAAAAUGACGCCGUCUCCGAAGGAUCAAAAGGAAAACGCUACGAAGCAGGCCAAAUCGAAAUUUGUUCAAGUAAGAAAGAAGAGUGUCGAUUGGUCGCAAUAUUUCGGCAUCGAUCGUAGAAAGAAGAAGGCUACUUUCACGGCCGGGCAGGGUACGCAAAAUCAGGACGACGAGUGGAUGUUGCAGCGUUAUUAUGAAAAUAUGGCUGAGAAUUUAAAACCAAAGAAUGACGAGAACGAGCGAAAAGAAAAUCUCGAGCAGAUGGAUUCGGAAUUUUGGCAUAUUCCAAAAAAGGAGGAGGAGACGGAUCUGCAGAAGGUGAAGGAUAAAUUAAUGGCGCAAAUGGCGGCGGCUUACUCGAUGCAGAAGAUGCGCAAGGUGCUGAACGAGCUCCUAAAAACCAUCCUGGCUCAGAAAGAGGCGCAAAGGAUGCAGAAGGAGAAUAAUCAGACGUCGAAUUUCCGCGAGAAUAGCAACGCAAACAGUAACAGCGGCAACGGUGGUAAAACGGAUGAUAAACGGAGCGCUAUCAAUAAUAAUGUAGACGAUGGCGAAUUCAUCGAGGAACCUAAAAGCUGCCCGGAAUUAGAAGCCAUUGAAUGGCGAUGCCGAAACGUGGACAAUCUCGCCGGCGAUACAUCUCGGAUGCUUUACGUGCCCUGCGUGAAGCUGCAGAUCUGUAAAGCUUGCGUGCAGGACGAGGAAAUGGCGACGCUGCUACCCUGCGCCGUCAAUUACGCGCUGGAGACCCGCAAGGUAUGCGACGCGUUGGACUCCAGGGAAGGACAAUUAUCGAGCCGGUUGACGGCGGCGACGUCCGAGACCCGCUACGCCGAGCGACAAUCGUGCGCGAACGCCGCGGUGCUCCUGUCACAGCUGCAGCCGCCGGCGACCGCGGCCGCCAAGUGUCGCGCGGAUUCCUGCAUACGGCGUUAUCACGCGCGAUACCGGUACUUCCGCGCGCCGCCGAUGAUGUACGAGGCACCGAGUCGCCGUCCUCACCACACGGGCGCCCUCGACGCGUUGCAGCAAACCAUGUCCGAGCGAUAAGAACGAGACCACGUGGGUGAAGGCUCCGGUUCUGCGCCGGUGAUAUUACGGUCCGACCGCCAAUUGUCCGGAUAUCCGAACGAUUCAUUUCCCCCUGAAACCUAAUCUCAACGAGAUCUGAAUACGAAGAUCCGUCAUGAUUUUUAUCAAGACUCUGUUGUUGUUAUAUAUACAUAUUUAUAUUGUUUGACAAUUGUGAUUUUUAAGUUUAUUUUUUUCGUUCACCCUGAGAAUGUUUCGUCCGGAUAAUCGGCGGCUCACCGUAACAGGAUGUUCGCAUAAUAAAGGAUAAAUCGAGAAAUUAACCCUCAGCGGAUAUCGCGAAUUUUAUUAUAAGUUUCUGUAAUCUCUAAUGAGCCUCCAUUUAGAGAAAAAAUUAUUCAAAAGAGUCUUAUAAAGGACUGAUUUUGAUCAUAUCAUCUUGUAUGUGUGCGUGCAGUAUGUAAUAUGAAUGUAUGCGUCAGACUUUUUUUGCUGUAAUGUUUCUUUUUUAAUUAGUAGAGUCUCUGAGAGAUCCCGCGGUAUCCGCUGAGGGUUAAUGGGCUGGCACACGAAA